GCGGCAGGGCCCCACCCGCUCGGUGUAAUCCCCGCCGAACAGGCCCCGCCUCGGCGCUCCGGCGCCGCUAAAGAGCCGCCAACUCCUGGUUUGGGGCCCAACAGCAUGUUUUCGGACCGUUAGUUGUCCCUGCGUCUUUUUGCAUUGUCCUUCAGACUACUCCCAAUGCCGCCCGCAAUAUCGCCAGCGGAGCUUGCCCAGCACAACACGGCGGACUCGCUCUGGCUCGCCAUUGACGGCGAGGUUUACGACUUCACCGAGUUCGCGCCAACACAUCCCGGCGGCAUAGACAUCCUCCUGCAGUACGCCGGCAACGACGCCAGCGCAGCUUACAAUGCGGUGCACUCGCCGUCCCUCGUCAAGGCCAUCCUCCCGACGUCUAAGCACCUAGGCCGGCUGUCCUCACCCCUGCCGCCGUCUCCCUCGGCAACCACGCCGGCAACAGCACCAUCUCAGCCUUCUAAGCCCCCACUAUCCAGCCUCAUAUCGGUCAACGACUUCCGCCUGGCCGCACACACCUUCCUGCCGCCGAAAACGCUCGCAUUCAUCUCCUCCGCCGCCACCGACUGCCACACCCACCGCCGCAACAGCACCGCCUACUCCGAGAUCACGCUCCGCCCGCGCGUGCUCGUCGACGUGUCCGCCCCAGUCAACUUGGAGACGACCAUCCUCGGCCAGCCCGUGCCGUCGCCCAUCUUCGUCUCGCCCACGUCGCUCGGCAAGACGGUCCACCCGGAGGGCGAGCUCGAGAUCGCGCGCGCGUGCAAGGAGCUCGGCGGGGUCGCCCAGGUCGUCAGCACGAGCGCGAGCUUCUCGGUCGCCGACGUCGUGCGCGCAGCCGCCGAGCACCCCGCCGCCGCAACAAGCCCCGGGUCCGGCGCCCCGCCCUGCAACCCGCCCGUCUUCCUCCAGCUCUACGUCGACAAGAACGCCGCCAACACCGCCGCGCUCCUGCAGUCCCUCACCACCAAGGGGCUCGACGGAAAAACACCCACCGACGAGCCCCUGAUCAAGGGCGUCUUCCUGACCGUCGACGCCCCCGUCCCCGGCAAGCGCGAGGCCGACGAGCGCAUCCCCGCAUCCCCCUCCCCCACCACCACCACCCCAAUGGCAACGCAAGUGACCCCGCAGACCGACGCGCGCGGCUCCGCCCUAGGCCGGCUGAUGGCAUCAUACAUCUCUUCCUCUCUAACCUGGUCGCGCACGCUGCCGUGGCUGCGCAGCCAGCUGGCGCGCGGCGGCGACGGGCUGCGGCGCGUGCGCGUGCCGCUGGUGGUCAAGGGGGUGCAGACGGCGGCGGACGCGGUGCGGGCGCUGCGGGCGGGCGCGGCGGGCAUCGUCGUGUCCAACCACGGCGGGCGCAGCCUCGACACGGCGCCCGCCAGCGUGCUGGUCCUGCUCGAGCUGCAGCGCUGCUGCCCCGAGGUGUUUGAGCGCAUGGAGGUGUUUGUCGACGGCGGCGUCGGGCGCGGCACGGACGUCUUCAAGGCGCUGUGCCUCGGCGCGCGCGGCGUCGGUGUCGGCAGGGGGGUGAUGUAUGGCCUGGGGUGGGGGAGGGAGGGGGUGAGGCGGGUUUUGGAGAGUAAGUCUUCUUCUUCUUCUUCUUUUUUUUUCUUCUUCUCCUGGCUUUGGCAGGGUGAGAACAGAGUCGAGCUGAGCUGAUUCGGUCAUGCCAGUCUUGAACGACGAGCUGGUCACGACCAUGAAGAUGUGUGGGGUGACGCGGCUGGAUGAGCUGCAUCCGGGCCUGCUGAACACGCGCGCGGUCGACCACCUGAUACCGGAGACCUUGAGCGAGGAGCACCCGUACGCAAAGUGGCGGAGGAGUAGAUUGUGAGGGGAACGCCGGGGUUGGCAACUUGAUAGUUCUGGAGCGCCUGUCGGUGGGUGCAACCCCUGA